AGCUGUGUACCCGCAGACUCUUUAAACUGCGAGCACGAGCAAUAGCACAAAGUGGCUUUCUACAUUAGCAGUUGUCGUCUCAGAUGCCGGUGACACCGCUGACCUAUCGCAUAGUUCAUAUACCUACCACACGUUCUUGACGAUACAUUUAUUUGAAAUAGGGAUCCACGCGUUUAAGGCAUUACCAGGCAAGAACCAUCCACAGCCCUUCUAUGGCGUGGCGGUAUGCUUGCAACAUACCUACGCACAUUACAGGGAAAGAUGAAAACGGAGAGCCGGUUGUGCUUUACCGGGUCAACGUCUUCCUGCAACAACAAAACGAUGAUGGCUCAAGCGUCAGCGCCAAUAGCGUGUUGGACGCGGCGCCUUUCUUCGUGCUGAGGCGCUAUAGCCAAUUCCGGCACCUCUAUGAGCAGCUGAAGGCCGCCUUCCCGUCCGCCAUGUCAGCUCGCGGGAUGGCCCCGCCGCCCAAGCACCCCCUCACCCUAGGUGGCCUGGGCGGCGACAAGCGGGACGCCCUGGAGCGGCGGCGGGCCGAGCUGGAGCGCUGGCUGUGGCGCCUGGUGGCAACACCCGAGCUGGCACGCAGCCAGCAGCUCAAGGCGUUCCUGGAGUUUGACCGCGCGUUGACUCGCGCGCAGCAGCAGCUGGCCAGGCGGCGGGAGCAGCAGCAGCAGCGGCUGACCGACGCCGUGGCGGCAGCCGACUCGGAUUUCGCCGCCUCAGCCUCCGCGGGCCCCUCCGCUGCCCCCUCGGAAGCGGGUUUCGGAGGCCCCGCCGGCUACCCCUACCCCGGGGGACCCAGAUCCCAUCUGGGCCGCGGAGGCGAGGACAGCUCCAGCGACAUUUCCGAGCCCAGUGGCGCAGCGAGCACCGGAGGGAUGUCGAGUCGUACGGCGUCGGGAAUGGCGCUGCCAUCGUCGGCAUCGAAUGCCUGGGUGGCCCAUGGGUCACGACCCGUGGGACCGGAUCCCCGAGCGGUGGUGCCGGCUGGAGCUACAACAGGGAUGUCGCCGCCACCUCCUGCCGCUUUGAACAACGCGGCUUCCGCCGGCCGCCCGCCAGCUGCCUUCUCCGGUGCGGGUGCGGGUGCGGGUGCUGUCUCCUCUCCGUCCCCGGCACCGCUACCCCCUGGAGACGGAGCCGCCUCCUCCAGGGAGGCGGCAGUCGCAGCGAGGUUGGGUAUCCGGUUGCAGAACCGGGGUGAUGUACGGCAACUGGUGGAGGCGCUCGUACGGCGGCUGGAGUCCGCAUGCUCCGACACCGCCGCUGCGGUGUGCGAGGCGGAGGUGCUGCGGGCGGCGCACCGGAGCAUGGCGGAACGGCUGGGGGAGCUGCAGGGGGAGAUGGGGGAGGGGCUGCAGCAGCAGCACCCAGCUGUACAGGAGCAGCUCUCCUCGCUGCGUGCCGAGGUGGCGGCGCUGCGCGGCUCGCUGGCUGAGUCCGAGGGCGCCCGAGCGGCGCUGCAGCUGCGGGUGGAGCAGCUGGAGGGGCAGCGCGAGGCGAGGAGCCGGGCUCACUCGCUGCAGCUAACCCAGCUUCAGUCUCAGCUGCAGGAGGCGCGCGACGACAACUGCCAGCUGCUGCAGCGGCUGCAGGAGUGGGACGUGUGCAGCAGCAGCAGCGCUACCACCGCCACCGCCAGCAACAACAACAACAACAACCCACCCAACCACAUCAACCACAGCAGCAGCCUGUUGCAGCUUGCCAGCAACACCGAAGGGAGCAGCGUGGCGGCUGCUGGGGCUGAGGCGCCGGGGGCUGCAGAGGCGGUGGCCGCAGCGGUGGCAGCAGCGACAGCGGAGGCGGAGGCGGCGAGGGAGCGG